GUGGGAAGCGUUUCGUUGUUUACAGCCUUGUAAGAACGUAACUUAAAACAAAAGGGCUGGAUUUUGAAGAUGAUAUAAGCGCUAAAAAGCUGCGAAGGGGUCCGAAUGAAGCUUUGUGCAACUUUUGGCAGGGAUGAGGCCUAGCAAGACUUCUCAGCGGCUCACUGCUGCCCGGGUCCUCCAGGGUGCUCUAGAAUAGACGUCUCUAUGGUCAAGUAAACACACAGCGAUUCUUUACGUCCCCACGUGCUGGGGGUGCGCAUGAGCAGUAGACGCAGCCUUGGCAACAUGGCGGAGGAAGAGCCAAGAAAAAAGAUCCCUUUGGUUCCAGAAAAUCUCCUGAAAAAGAGGAAGGCUUAUCAGGCCCUCAAAGCCACCCAGGCAAAGAAGGCACUUUUGGAAAAGAAGAAGCAGAGAAAAGGGAAAGGAUUCAGGUUUAAGCGACUGGAAUCGUUCCUUCUUGAUUCCCAGCGAAAGCAGCGUGACAGGGUGCGCAUCAGACGACUAGAAGUGAAACCUCAUGGCUUGGAAGCGCCAGAUGGACAUUCCUUGGCCUUUGCGGUACGCAUCCAAAGGAUUAAUGGGGUGAGCGUUCUGGUGCGGAAGACCAUUGCAAGACUUCGCCUGAGGAAGAUUUUCAGUGGUGUCUUUGUGAAAGUGACCCCUAUAACCUUAAAAAUGUUGCGUAUAGUAGAACCUUAUGUGACAUGGGGAUUUCCAAAUCUGAAGUCUGUCCGGGAACUCAUCCUGAAACGUGGACAAGCCAAGCUCAAGAAUAAGACCAUCCCGCUGACAGACAACACAGUGAUCGAGGAGCACCUAGGGAAGUUCGGUGUCAUUUGCUUGGAAGAUCUCAUUCAUGAAAUUGCCUUCCCGGGAAAGUAUUUCCAGGUGAUCUCACAGUUCUUGUGCCCUUUCCACCUCUCUGUGGCCCGUCAUGCUACCAAGAAUAAAGUAGGCUUUCUCAAGGAGAUGGGCUCACCUGGCUAUCGUGGUGAAAGCAUCAAUCAACUCAUCCGGCAGCUGAACUAGACUCAGAAUACCAGAAAGCACAGUGCAUUGAAGGCAUGUGUUUCUUUUUUCUGAAUUUUCAGCAAGUAUCUUCAGAGAAGAUUAUUUUCUGUUACGCCUUCAGAAACUGGAAGGGAAAGAACAGUGGGUGUGUCUAUGGCAGGCACCUCUCUUAUAAAGCCCAGUCCCAAGGAAAAAUGCCAGUGUUUUCCACAUGGCCACUGCCGCCUCUGAAAUCAGCAAAGGACUCAUAGUUGCCGUUGAAGAGGGUGUUCUGCUUUGUCACAUCUUUUAUCCUGGGAUUUAAUGUUGAUGAAUACCCAAGCAUGUGUAUAAGGCUCUGCAGCAGUGGACCAAGCCCAGGGACAUAUUGACUUGGGGGAUCCUAGGGCCUUGUCUUGGAAAGAGCUUGAAAUACAAUUAGAAGUACACACAAACAA